AUGCGGUAAAACCUAGAUCAGGCUGGCUGCCUGCCUGCCUGCCUGGCGAGACCCCUCACCGAAUUAAAGCAGCACCCGUGACCUGACAAUCAGAUUCAGGUUACGUACUUAUUAUAUUAUCAUCACCGACUCUCACCUCCAAGGCUCAUUCAUCCCUCAUCAUUGCUGGUUCUUCGUUCAAUCACCGUCACCUGCACGGCGCUCGGGCGUCGAGGCUGAUCCUAGAGACCUAGACCUACGAGACUCGAUGAAGGAUGACACCCAGCGUCGAAGAUAACGGCGCGGGUCGCGGACGAAGGAGGUCGCAUCACGCCUGUUUGCCUUGCCGUCGCAAAAAGACAAGAUGCCCCGGCGAGAGACCCGCUUGCUCGAGCUGCUCGCGCCUCGGACAGCAAUGCUCCUAUCCGCCCGCGCCAAGACAAGCACGAGGAAGUCAUUCGGAUGAAAGACUGGCGCACUUGGAAGAGAAGCUCGAUCUCCUCCUCAGUGGCAGGCAACGCCGCCCGCCGCAUACCCGCCGCCAUACAUCAGAAAGCAUCCAUCGCGACGCCUCCGACAAGUCACAGUCUGUCACGCCGCCCGCGCGCGAGCAGAGCGAGCCGCUCAACCACUCGUCCGCCAUCACGUUUGAGUCGGACGACUCGAGCUUGCGGCCCAGUCUGUCCGACAUUGCCAUUGGGGUGAGACUCUACUUUCAAUACUGUCACAGACAGCCCAUCUGGUGCUUUGACCGCGAGGAUGUCCAUGACUGCGGCGCCAUACCGGAGGAGCUGGCCUGCAGCAUCCUCGCCCUGACGUCGCGCUUCCUCGACAACCGCAGCCAGCUGCAGUUCCACGGGGAGACGGCAAAGACUCUGAUUAUGCUACGCAUAGCAAAUGGCACGGUAGGCCUCGGAACCGUUGAGAGCUUGUGUCUGUUGUCUUACUCGUCUUUCAUAGAUGGCAACCAUCACCUCGGCCAGUUCCAUCUGGGCCUUGCGUUCCAGAUCUGUCGCUCCGCCAUGCUGGAUCUUGAGUCAUCCUACCGGAUGGACGACCCCUUACAGGAGAGGAAGAAGCGGUGUUUCUGGAGCCUGCAGCUCUUGCAGCAGUGCUACGGCCGCCAGGAUGGAGUACUGAGCCUGCCCAGCGACAUAUGGGGCCCCCUGUACGCGCCGAGCAACGGCGGCAGCACAGAGCUGGAUCCCACCGUGCCACCGCUGCCGCGAGAUGAGCUCGGUUGCGCGGGGCCGCACGAGAACGGCAUAUGGAAUACUGGCGUGCACCUUGCGUGGGUCUGGAGCCAGGUGAGGAAGUAUGUCACAGACUGCGCGCACAACGUCCUGCGCGAGCCCUGGCGGCGCGACUCGCCCUAUGCCAAGGUCAUUUCCGACUUUAUGGAGAUUGAGAACAGGAUACCCGUGUCUCACCGGUACGACACGGCCAAAUUCUACAAGCGAAAGGUCGAGGAGAUCAAGGUCAACCGGGACUACUGGGCGCCGUGGUUGAGAGAGCAGUUCACGUACCACGCCAUCCACACGGUCAUGAACCACCCCUUUAUCUACAUUAUAGGGGCACAGCACAACCCCAACCUGGCGAUACCCAACACCUUCUGGAAGCGGUCGUCCGAGCUGGCGCUGCUGCACGCAACCUGGAUCGUCCGCAUGAUCGACAUGGUGGUGGACAAGCAGGUACCGCUGGCCGAUCCAUUCUUCGGACACGUCGCGGCGAUCGCGGCCACGGUGCAUCUAUACUACUGCUGCGCCGCGGCCGCACGAUUAAAGCACAAGUCGAAUGCCGACUUUUCAAAAUGCAGGAGGUUUCUCAAGAAUUUUAUCCCCUACUCGGCAGCAUGUGCCGGACUGGACAGGAACCUCGACAAGAUGACACGCAUGGCGGUAGGACCAGAGAGCAUGGACGUCGAGGACUGGAUGCCUUCCAAAAUUUACCUCAGCAUCCCCCUCAUGUGGGAGACGCUGCGUUUCACCACGGAACAGGGAUCGCUACCGAACCAGAGCCCAGGCAUACUAGACGGCUCACUGAUCCCCCCCCUGUCUCACGAGGACACGGACGAGGACUCGACCAUUGAGAUUAUCGUCGCCACGUCGCCAGAAAUCAUCAUCAACACGGCCGAGGGCGGGCAAGAGGCGCCCUCCUUCUCGCACCGCGGACCGGGUCAGCCCUCGAGGAGUGCAGGAUGGAACAGCCAGAACACUGUCAACACGGGAAGCAACCAACAGCCCCAACACCUUGGAACGAGCGGCAGUGGCGGCGGCGCCGGGAGCAGCAGCAGCGGCGGUGAAAAGCACGGGGAGCAGAUGGACUUUCUGAGCUUCAACUUUACCCCCUGGCUGUACGCCGACUCGGCGCAGUUUGCCAACAUGGGCGACAUGGGGCUGGCCGACCCGCAGCCUGCGAUGCCCGAGGACAGGGGCUCUGCGUGGUGGCAGGGCGAGAACUUUAGCAAUAUCAUGUUCAAUCAUUUCUGAGGGAGAGCGCGUGUAGAGUAGAAGCGUUGGCAUUUCGGGAGUUUUCCUUCCUGUUGUACAUAUAGACUAGGCUGAAAGGACGCCCCUGGACGAGCAUUGUUCCAAACAUAACCAC